AUGGUCAACCCUGUUACGGUCAACCCUGUUACGGUCAACCCUGAUACGGUCAACCCUGUUAUGGUCAACCCUGAUACGGUCAACCCUGAUACGGUCAACCCUGAUACGAUCAACCCUGUUACGGUCAACCCUGUUACGGUCAACCCUGAUACGGUCAACCCUGAUACGGUCAACCCUUUUAUGGUCAACCCUGUUACGAGCUCCGAAGUCCAGGAGCAGGUUCUCUUCAUGAUCAACAGAUCCUCAACCCUGGAGGAGGUGUGUCUGGAAGGAGGUGGGCUCACUAUGGCCUGUGGCCUGCGAGAUCACACCUGCUCCGCCAUCCACACCAUCAACCUGUCAGCCAAUUAUAUAGAGGACAAAGCUCUCAAUCAGGAACUGGAGAACCCAAUGUUUUCCCGUAGAGUAUUGCAUUUCUCUUUCUCAUUCCUCUUUCUUGCCCCCUCCAUCUCUCCUGGGUUGGCUAAUCUGACUCAGGGGUUCUCUCAGAACAAGGCCUUCGCCAGCUCUCUGUGUCACCUGGACUUGUCAGGGAAUACAGGCAGUCUGGCUACAGAGCAGGCUGUGAACCUGUUUAAGUUCCUUUCAGGGACAAAUGCUGUGUCUAACCUGGACUUGAGUGGAAAUGACUGCCCUCUGGAUGCUCUGUUUGUAUCUCUGUCAGCAUGCUUCUUCUCCAACCUGGCUCACCUCAACCUGUCCAGGGACCCCUUCUCACACAGGAAGUUGAGGGAGGUGACACGGACUGUAAUGGAGUAAGAGCUCUGAGCUGUGGGACUGCUAGGAACCAGACUACCCCCAGAGGUUCUCUCAGGUGAACUCUCAGUAAGUACUCAUCUGUGUGGGAAGGAGCUAGACCUGAGCGGCUGUGAGCUGAGGUCUGCUGGAGCCCAGAUGAUUCAGGAGCACAUCUUUGAAGCCAAGGCCAUCAGCAUUCUGGACCUCUCUGACAAUGGUUUUGAGAGUGACAUGGUAACCAUGGUGCUGUCCAUCGGACACAGGCACUCCAUCCGCGAUCCGGCUUUGGGACUCAACUUUGCCAUGAAGUCCAGAGCUCUAAUAACAAACGUCCUACAGCGUAUCGUCCAGCUCAUGCAGGAGGAGGAGUGUUCCCUGGAGUCUCUGUCAGUGUGUGAUUCCAAGCUGAAGACAAGCACCACCAUCCUCAUCAACAGCCUGAACUGCAAUGCCACCAGCGGCCACAAUGACAUCAGCGGCAACUGUAUCAAAGACACUGGAGCCAAAUUUCUGGCCAAGGCCUUACUCAUCAACACUAAGCUUAGGACCCUGGUCUGGGACAGAAACAAUGUGACAGCCAAUGGGUUUCUGGAUGUGGCAAAUGUUCUAGAGAAAUCCAGGCCUGUCUUCUCAGGAACAACCAGACACAAAGCUGGCCCAGGCCUUGCUACAGGCAGCCCAGACUCUCUGUCCCAGGAUCACACACAGGUCAAGCUGGCUGACUAUGUGGCUAAGAUGUCCAGACAGACAGACCUCUUCAUCCGGGACACCCUCAUACAGCACACAGGAGAGCUCAGUAUGCUUAUGUCAUUUGGAGGAACAGCUAUCCGUCAAGCAUCCUCAGUGAGAAUCACAGUGGCAGGCCAGCUGAAACCUGAAGGCCCCUCCCACACAGGGAGGGAGGCGGAUGCUGCCGCUGCUCUUGCUGCUGCCGCGGCUCUUAGCGACAGUGAUCCCCGGCGCCCUGAGCCUGCACCUCCUCAGCCCCCUAUGGACCUGCCCAUCGAAGGCCACACACUGAGGCACUACACCCGCUCCAGGCCCAGACCCAACCGCCGGAACAGCAAGCCGCCCAGCAAGCCCCAGGAGCAAGCAGCUGAGCGUGAAGAGAAUGAAGCCAAUGAGACCAUGGGCAGGGUGGAUGAGGGAGUAGAGGAGUUCUUCACGAAGAAGAUCAUCCCUGAUGACCCGCUAAAAGCGCAGAGGGAGGAGGUCCCUUACAAAGCACAACCCACAGCGUCGACCUCCACCACCCCUGCCCCUCCCAGCACGUCUGCCCUGGCCCCACCCUCCUCUACCACCUCUAUCACCUCCUCUUCCUCCUCCUCCAUCAUAACAACCUCCAACACUACUACCACAACCACCACCCCUUCCACUGCCCCCUCCAAAAACAUCAAGAAGAAGUUUGGGGACUUCUUCGCCUUCAAGAAAGUCCGUGCUGGCCGGGGGGCAAAGGGUGAGGGUGGGCCGGAGGGCAAGGUCAAAAAGACCUCCAUCGCAGAUCUAAUCAGACCGCUCAGGGAGGCAAAAGAGAGGGAGAGAGAGAAAGAGCGGGAGAGAGAGAAAGAGCGGGAGAGAGAGAAGGGGAAGUUAGAAGAAGAGAGUGGUGCUAAGGCGACCGGUGUUAAUGAUUCUGAUGCCACCAAAACAGUAAGAGCAGCAGAGGACAACACCAUGGCCCCCACCGCACCCUCUGAUGUCCCCAGCAUCCCCACAACCCUGCCCACCAGUGCCCCCGUCCAGGAGGAGGUGUCAUCUGUGUCCCCCAGCGCUCUGACCCCAAGCCCCAUCAUCAGCCCUGUCGGCGGGUUCCUGGCGGAAAGGGAGAAGAGCCGGACCCUGGAAAAGAGCAAGACCCCAGAUGGAGAGAGGAGGCUGAAGGCCACGCGGCGCUCGCUCAGGGAGGGCAAGUCCCAGUCCCUCAUCCUGCUGACAGGCCUGGAGGAUGGCGCUGCCGCACACGGAAAGAAACACGCAUCUGAAUGCACAUCCAGCUUUGAACAGCGCCUCCACGUCAUGCUCCACCGCAUGGGGGUGGCCAAGACACCUCCUGCAGACACAAAAAACAGCCAGAACAAAGAAGAGGAGCUGAGGAAAACCAACUCCGAAGGUGCAAUUCUUGACAAAAAAACUGAACCACCACCCACGUCCAUGAAGCCUCGCACUAUGUCCACAUCAGCGUCAGACACCAGGCGGCCAAUCAGAGCAGGCGUGGAGGCUCUCAGAACAGACAAGCCCCUCCUCCCAGAACGUCCCAUCGGCCCCCUCCCUCCUAAACCCACAGUGGCAGCCAAACCCCCUCUCCCAGCCCCCCAGCAGCACCCUGCUGCCGCUAGGACAUCCCUGGGGGUCCCCUGGAAGCCCAACACAGCCACGGAGACCCAGACCCAGCCAGCAGGACCAGAGCCCUCCCAGAGCCAGACCCAGCCCCAGCAGAGUGAGCCGCCCAGUCCUUCCUCCCGCAAGGAGACUCCCCCUGCCCCAUCGCCACACAGGGGCCCCAGCUCUCUGGAGAGCAGGGAGCGCACUGAGAGAGCACAAUCAGUCACAGAAGAGAGCCUUCCUAAACCCCAGUCCCGCAUGAAGCUCUCUCCCCAGCGGAGAGCUGUGUCCGUCUACGAGGACUCGCUCCUCCAGGAACAUGCUGCUCAGCUGGACCCCGAAGAGCUGAAGGCAGCGUUGCCAUGGUUGCAGAGGUCACCAGUCCAGAAACGUACCAACCUGGGGGAGCUCCCUACCUGUAGUGAGAUCCAGCUAGAGGGAGAGGAGGCAGGUGAAGCAGGGAAAAAGAGGACUGGAGAGGGUGAGGGGACGGACAGCCGGCCGGUAACAGAGGACAAGCCAGGGCCAAGCCCAGUGGGGGCCAGUCAGGUAGAGGGAAAGAGCACAGCAGAGAAGAGGGGUGAGACGGUCUCACAGCAGCACACAGCGCAGGCAGAAACAUCAGACCAAAGAACUGAACCCCCCUUAAUGGUGAAACACAUGGACUGACCUGGCAAGAGUCUAUUUUCUAUCAUGUCUACCUUUGCCUUGCACGCCAGAUUAUGUAAAAAAUAAACAAAUUAUGAACAAAUGUUUUAAAGAGCGUAAAUCCAUACCUAUACUUGUUAAUAAUAAUUAAAAAGUUGAUUCUGAAGUGUCA